CAAGCCAUACAGGUGGCUCCCAGCAACUGAGAAAGGAAGAAAAUGAAUUCUCCCCUAGAGUGUCCAGAUGCAGCCAUGCUACCUCCUUGAUCACCUUGAUUUUAGCUUCGUCUGACACAGUUUGCAUUUUUGACCUCCAGAACGAUGUCGCUGGGGUAGUUAACCUGAUCCAGCCCUGAAGAACUCAGGGGAGGAAGGGGAGCCUUUUGCCUGAGAAGCGUUCCCAUCCUGACAUGCACAAGAAAUGAAGACAUCGCCUGCCAUGCUUGGAAUUGGGAAGUCAUUUUGGGUCCUCUUCUUAAUCCCACAUCUGGGCAUCUGGAGUAUUGACGGAGAAAAAUCAUGUGAUCCACAAAUUUAUAUUGAGAGAGAUUCCGUGCAUAAAGCCCUUACAGGGAAAUCAUUUCACCUGGAAUGUCCUGUGGAUAUUUGUGCUAACAUACAAAAUGCAACCUGGUGCAAGAUUGAAGGAGAAAACUGUCCACCUCUUGGGCAAACACCUCAUAUAAAAAUGAAGUGGGAUGAAAGGGAAAAUACUAGGGUUUAUCUUCUGUAUUUUGAUCAAGCACAGGCUAGUGACAAUGGAUCAUACCGCUGUUCUGCAAAUGUUUCGUCUGGACUCCUUGAAAGCUACUCAAUAACUCUUUAUGUGACAGAACAAACUCAAAAUAAUUCAGAAUAUCUUCUAAUCAAUACAACCAGUGCUUUAGGACCACCCUCCAAAAACAAGACAGAGGACAGACAAUUGAUCCUUUAUAGUUUGGCUCCUUUGGGAGGAUUGCCUCUGCUCAUUACCGGUUUCUGCCUGUUCUGCUGCCUGAGAAGGCACCGAGGGGAACAAAAGAAGGCUUCUGAAACAGCAGAAAGGGGAAUGAAUGUGGCUGAUGUUCCUCAGCCCUCUAGGAGUGAGCAAACUGAAGUGUGCACCAGGCAAAAUUCCCAAAACCUGACAUUAGAGACUCAAGUUUAUGAUAAUGAUCCCUGGUUUGGGGUCCAGGAGGAGCCCAAGGUUUAUUCUAACAUAUGUCAGGAGGAAAACAAACAGAGCAUCGUGUAUGCUUCACUGAACCACUCCAUCAUUAAAAUGAACCCAAGGCAGGCAAAAAAUAUGAAAGAAGCACCUACAGAAUAUGCAGCCAUAUGUGUGAGGAGUUAAACCUAGUCCUGACCUCCCACCAGCGAUCUCUGGACAAUUGAUGUGUCGGUACCAUGCUCUGAGACCCACAGAAUGUCAGAUCAUAUUCCUGGACCUGAGAAGUUUUACUUCAAGGACAUUCAUGUUGGUGCUUGGGUCUUAAGGAUCCUUAGGACAAAUGACUAAAAUUUCUCCCAGAAGAUUCUUUUGGAGCAUUUUAUGUUAUUGCCAUGAACAACAAAAUCUCCUCUCCAAAGCUGAAUGGUAUCAUGAAUAGCAAUGUGGUAGAACAUUUAAACUUAGCUCCAUUUUACCCAACAUAUGAAAUCAAUACAUUCUUUGGAACUAUCAGAAAGGCAUGUAGAAAGAGAGAUGUGUGCUAUCUGGAUGAUUCACUAUAUUCUUGAAAAAGAAUGGACUAAUUUAACCAACUAACCAUAAAUAUGGUAAUAAUAAUAUGUUUAUUUCCAGUUAGUCUUUGGUAAUAAAAAAUUCCCUCUAACAAUCUAAUGUUGGGGUUUCUUAAAUGUAAAGAGGAAUAAUUUUAGACUUGAGAACAAAGGAAAAGAAUGGAAAGAAUAAAUUGUGCAAUAAAGAUGUGGAAUGUACCAACUAGAUGGGGGUGGAUGUUCCCCAUACUUGAGAAACAAAUAUUUAUAUCUACCGGUUAGAUCACGAAGCAAGUAUCUGUGGUAAUGGAGUAAUUAAUGUACGAUGUGUUUAUAAACAACGUGGUGACUCAGUGUUUGGGUUACAUAGACUAAUGUAAAUGGAUUGACAUAAUGCUGCUGAAGUAAUAUACUUGUGGGUGUCUGAAUAAACGCAAAAGUCAGUGAGAAUAGUCAUCAUCAGGUGUGUGCAUGUUGGUGGCUCAAACUGCUUCUUGGUUGACCUGAUGUCAAAUUAAAAGCACAACUGAUGGAAUGGAGAAAAGUCCAGAAUAUGUAGUUGGCCAGUCAAUGUAUUUUCAUUCACAGCAUCUAUAUCUUGCUAUGCUCUUUACUAAGGAAUCGGGGAAAAUCAUACAUAGUGAAGUAGUACAAUUUGAUAACCAUUUGUUUUAAAAUAUUGAGGUUGCAACCACUUAAAAGUAUAGCAAGAAUAUGGUUUCAGUUUUCCAGAGUACUUGAGUCUAGUUAUUUCAAAAAUAGCCUGCAACUUUAUUCAACAGUUUGAGGCUAUUAGGGUUGUCAGGUGCUGCUACUAAGUAAUGCAAUAGAUCUUAUAUGACGUGGAUAGCAGAGGUUAGAAUCCAUUUUAACAAGUACAUGAGCUGCUGUACAAAUGAAUGUGAAGGGGUGUGUGUGUGAAUGCAUGUGUGUGUGUGUCAGCAUCUGGGAGGAAGGGUGGGGACUUACAGAAAUGGUAAAAGAAACUGACAAAAUGAACAUACCAUUUCAGUUUGCUGCAGAAGUUCAAAAUACGAGAGCAAGUGAGUCAUUAAAGAAAAUUUAUUAAAAUAAUGUAUGAAAUUAUGGGAGUAGGAGUAUGAUAUCCCAUAAAAGUUUUUGUCCCAAAAAGACAAAACAGAUUUUGUGGCUGAACAUUUCUUAUGUAACAUUGACAAUAAGAUUUUGACCCCUGGAUAGGGGUGGUGGGUAUUGUUUCAGAGUCAUUGUUAUCUACCCAGUAUGAAAUCCCUACUCCUAGAGUUUCAGGUAACCAGUUUUAGGUAGGUAUUUUCAGCUACGCUGAAUUUACGGAAAACUUACAUACAAGAGAUAAAUGAACUGCCCGUGGUAUUCUUAAAAAUAGAAACAGGAAGUAUGGGAGGAUAUAUGUAGCUGUCCUUAUCAGAUAAAUAUACAAAGUUGAACAGUUCCUUUAAAGUAAAUUAAAAAAAAUAUAUAUAUAUUUUGUUUACUCUUGACAAUAUUCUUAGCAUGUAUUGCUGUAAUGUUGAUAAUGAUUUUAUCUCUGUUAAUGAUUCAUACUUCUAUUUGUGUGAUGCUUCCAAAAUCACAAAUCAUUUAUGUUUUUAUUUCCUCUGAAAAGUUAUCACACUUAUAUAUGUAUUUCACAAAUAAAUCUAUUUCUGUAUUAUUUA